AAGAAACUCGUAUUCACGUCGUAACGGCACACAGACCGCGACUCCCCACUGCUGACCGUCGCGUUCUCACCUCCGGAUUCUUCCACAGUUCUUCCAAGAACUCGAGUGUCGCGGUCUUUUCGUAUUACACUCUUUGUGAGAGACGCUACUCCUUCGCCCAUAGCACUGCUGCGGACUUGAGCAUUCUCUCGGAAUCAACGUUCCACUGUUUCUUGGAUGUGGCAACCCUAGGUACCACUCGUUGACGCUUCGUUCACCUCCGGCUGCAAAAGAAAAUGAUCCUGAUGGAUACACUCCACGAUAAUGGCAUGUUCGCCAUCCAGUCUCUUCAGACCAGGUUCCAGCACCAGCAUGGUCUGUUCUUCGCCAUCUCCAACUUCGGAGAUCCCCGGUACGCGUUUCUCAUCUUUGCACCGCUCAUCUACUGUCUCGACUGGACGGUGGGACGCCGGCUGAUGUGGGUCACCAUUAUCGCCGAGUGGUCCAACCAGGUGCUUAAAUGGAUGUUGCAUGGGGAGCGUCCUUACUGGUGGGUGCACGAAACGGAAAUGUACAACCGCACUGGCACCGGCACACCCGCAAUCCGUCAGUACUCGUUAACCUGCGAGACCGGACCAGGAUCGCCUUCCGGUCACGCAAUGGUUUCGGCGGCCAUUUGGUACAUCAUCCUGGACUUCGCGCUGCGCCGCACUGGCAUCGCCCAGCAGAUGGGCAAGGCCUGGGCUUCGUCCUUCCACUGGUGCACCUACGCGGCGCUCCUCUGCAUUGUCAGCCUGUCGCGGGUUUACAUCGCAGCCCACUUCCCCCAUCAGUGCCUGAUGGGCAUGAUCAUUGGCUGCUUGCUGGCCAAGUUCAUGUGCAAGAUAGACACUGACCAUGUGACUCGCCGUCAGUACGUCCUUAUCAGCGUAGGCUUGUGUGCCAGCGCGUUGGCUACGUACGGUGUCCUUCGUCUCAUGGGCGUUGACCCUCUGUGGUCCGUCGACCGGGCCGUCAAAUGGUGCGUCAAGCAGGAGUACAUCCACGUCGACACCACUCCCUUCUUCAGCAUGAUGCGCUACUGCGCCUUCCCCUUCGGCAUGGGUCUGGUCAUGACUUCCGGCUUCUACCAGCGAGUCGUCAAGGCGACCGAGUUCACCUGGUCCAUGCGAGUGCUGGCCGCCAUCUUGGCUGUGGGCGCCGGCAAGGCUUCCGAGUGGGUCUCGCUGCCCAAGACCAACGUGGCCGUCUUCUACGCUUCGGCAUUCCUCUUCAACGCUCUUCUUGCGGCGACGAUGUUUGGCUUCGUGCCUUACGUAGUUGCUUCUUUAGCGGGAAGUCGUCGUCAGCCUUCGGGAAAGGCGAAGUCUUCGUAGGCAGGGUAGAUUGAGGACGGUGAUGUUUCGUCGUCCCCAGUGUCCCUUUUUUUCUUGAACAAAUUUUUGUCCCAUAUCACCCCUAGUUCCCUUAGGCGUUUUUAACAAAGUGAUGCCAAAUCGUCCCUAUACUUGGAACUGUGAGAAUACUGUUUCGGGUUAGUGACAACACGCCGUCAGCGUGCAGGGUCUGUCGCACUAGUCUGAGCAUUGCGCUUCGUUAAACAGCGUGAAAUUUUAGAACAGGAAGAUGGCUACGAUUACACAGUAUUUCGGCUGCAGUAUGAUGUCAUUGCUUUCCAUGUGAAGUCCGUUUCACAGCGCCUCUUUCACUUAGUAUUACCCUCACUUCCUAGGAUAUGCGACUGCCCAAGCUGUGGUAAAGUUCCUCGUGCUUUCAUUGACACUGUAACAAUCCUCAUCGAUCAUACGGUGCAUCUCUCUCAUCGAACACAUUGUCAUGAUGAUCAUUAUCAACGUUAUCAUAAUACAUCCUCCUCAGUUUUUGCAUUUUACAACGUAAAAAGCGUUACCCCUAGAGACAGGGAGAAGCGCUGCAGGAUUGCAAAGUCGGCGCGGGUCAGCUUAGACAUAUAGAGUAAUAAAAUUAAACAUCCCACAAUGUGAAUUUACAUAUUUACCAAAUUUAAACAUUCAAGUAGUAUUAGCUGUUUUCAAGUAACAAUUAUUCCCUGAGACAUUGGUUAUAGGAAAAAAAAGAGCUUCCAUGAAUAAUGCCGAAGAGAAUAUAGACUGCUUAUGCUAAACUUUUAUUUUGCCAUUUUCAACAAGAACAUAUGCUCCACUGAAUCGGCAGUAACCGCGCCACUCUGAAAACAUUUUCACCAUAUCAUUUGAGCACUUUAACACAUCACUCAUCACAAGACACUUCAUUGUAAUAUAACCUCACUGUAUAUAAUUGUACAGAUCUGAACUGUUCGGUUGUGUGUUGAGGUGGACGUAUGAAACUCGUGCGUCAAGUGUGGUUAUUCUGUACAUGUCUGUCACAAUGGUAAAUAAUGUGUGUUCGAACGUUACGCUGUUUACAGUGGGUGAACUUUGAGCAUGUUUAAUAAAGACCAUUUCGCACUUCGAUA